CGCUGCUCGGAGCCGGCGGCCGGGCAGGGAGGGCGGGAGGCAGGCAGGGAGGGAAGGAGGACGAGGACGAGGCGAGCGAUGCGGCGCGGCCGCGCUGGCUGAGGCGAGAAUCCCAGUAGCUAGGCAGCCUCCCUCUUUUCUUUCCUUCCUUCCUUCCACCUCUUCGCUAUGUAGGAAGGGAGAGGCAUCAAUGGAAAGGCUGAAAUACGCGUAGAUGGACUUUCGGAUGCAUUUUUUGUUGAAAGAGGAAGAUAAAUCCCGCUUGCCAGUGCACUGACUUUUGUUGGUGUUGCAUCGCUUGGUAAAAAUGGGGUUCACUCACUCCAGCUAAAUCCUUGGAGCAUUCCAGAGAGUUGCUGCAGUGAAGGACUUAUCUCGAUUUUCUGCAUCAGAGGAGCUGCAUUGAUGUUAACCAUUUUUUUGUAAAAUGGAGAACGAGAUCUUCACACCCCUUCUGGAGCAGUUCAUGUCGAGCCCUCUUGUCACCUGGGUGAAGACGUUCGGACCGCUGGCUGGAGGAAAUGGGACCAACCUGGAGGAAUAUGUGGCGCUGGUGGAUGGAGUGUAUCUGAACGAAGUCAUGCUGCAAAUCAAUCCAAAGUCUGCUAAUCAGAGGAUAAACAAGAAAGUGAACAAUGAUGCAUCAUUAAGGAUUCAAAAUUUGUCUAUUUUGGUGAAACAAAUAAAAACUUACUAUCAGGAGACUUUGCAGCAGUUGAUCAUGAUGUCUUUGCCAAAUGUGCUAAUAAUUGGCAAAAAUCCUUUUUCUGCUCUGAGAGUUGCAAUUUUCAGACCAAGAAAAUUAGCCAGUGUGGAUCCAGCUGCCUGUCCACAGCCUCUCGGGGAUGUGUGCACCUUGCUCUCAGUUCCAGCAGCACGGAGCAGACACACCUGGCCUGCAGGGAGCCACUGUGGACUGGGCACAGUUUAUCCCCCUGGGUGUCCUGUGCCCCAGGUGUUGUCCUGCUGGCGUUCAGCAGAGAGAGCCAGGUACUGAAGAAGUAAAAAAGCUCCUCCUGCUUUUGCUUGGUUGUGCAGUUCAGUGUCAGAAAAAAGAAGAAUUUAUUGAAAGAAUCCAAAGUCUGGAUUUUGAUACCAGAGCAGCUGUUGCAGCCCAUAUUCAGGAG